UCCAAGGACGAAGCAUGGGAAGCAAGUGCGUCCUGUGGUGGAGCUUGGUGGCCAUCGUCGCCGUUGCAAAGGCGCGGCGACACGACAUUACAUGCUUGAACACGGAGUCCUCCGUUGACGAAGACCGUGUCCUCGACUGCUACCCCCCACGACCAGGAUUCCCCAAUGCGACGGAAGAAUUCUGCCGUGCACAAGGGUGCUGCUGGAACCCGACACGAUCGCCACCAUGCGUUUUCGGCUCGGUACCGCCCCCUACUUCUGCUAGAUGCUCUGCCGUCCCAGUAUUGUCUCGUGUGGCGUGUCGAAACCCUCGCUACUUUCUGCGUCCUCAGAACGCGACCGAUUGCGCUGCGAUGGGCUGUUGUUUUGAUGCCACAUCCAACUCCACCACUGCAUGUUUCCAGCCAUCUGCUCCUGGGUAUGUCCUCACGCAUUGGCAGGACGUUCCCAUGGGAUACUCUGGAACGUUAACGCUGUCCGGUGCUGCCGCUCGUGGACCGUUUGGCAACGACAUCUCGACGCUGGCGAUUCAAGUGCAGUUGGAGUCCAACACCCGCGUCCGCGUGCGCAUUUUCGACCCAAUUUUUCGGCGCUACGAAGUGCCACUCCCCCUUGCAAACGCUUCGUCUAUGCACGACCACAAACGGUUGUUCGAGGUCUCUGUGACGAAGGCGCCGUUCGGUAUUGCCAUCACCCGCCUUGCAACGAACGAAGUGCUGUUCAACUCUACGCCCGUCGCGUCGUGGAAUGGCCCGCUUGUGAUUUCCAACCAGUUCUUGGAGCUUUCCACAAGAGUUCUAACGACGCCAAAGCUGUUUGGUCUCGGGGAGCAUGUCGGCCGGCUGGUCAACCCCGCCCGCGGAGACCACUACACGCUGUGGACGCGCGACCGCCUGGCAAACGCAGGCAACGCGCAUACGGCGGCUGGCGGUGACAACGAGUAUGGCGUCCAUCCCUUCUACAUCCGCGUGGAAGAUACAAAUCCAACGCUUGCCCACGGCGUCUUUCUCCUCAACAGCAACGCGAUGGAGGUCGUGGCGUCUCCCACUGCAAUCACGUUUCGAACCGUUGGUGGUAUCCUCGACUUGUUCGUGUUUUUAGGGCCAUCUCCACGUGACGUCGUGGCUCAGUACACCGCCUUGGUCGGCCGACCGGCCAUGCCGCCGUACUGGGCGCUCGGGUAUCACUUGUGUCGGUACCAUUAUGCUAACGUGGAUCAAGUUCGCGAUGUCGUGCGGCGCAUGCGGGCGGCCGACGUUCCUCAAGACGCCCAGUGGACCGACAUUGAUGUUCUCGACGGGUUCUUCGACUUCACUUGGGACAACACGGCGUUUCCACACAUGGACCGCUUUGUCCACAACGACUUGCAUGCGUUCGAUGUCCAUUACGUCCCGAUCGUGGAUGCAGGGAUUGGAAUUUCGCGACCGACGGACGCGGCAUUUGCCGACGGGUUGACGCACAACGUGUUUAUGACCGCUGGCGGGUCGAACUCGUCCGUGUUGGAGGUGAAUCGAGUGUGGCCAGGGGACGUCGUGUACCCAGACUUCUUCCAUCCCAAUGCGUCGGCAUACUGGGAGGCGCAGCUGCGACGGUACUACACGACCGUGCCGUACGACGGCAUUUGGCUAGACAUGAACGAGCCAAGCAGCUUUUGCACGGACAGCGACUCGUCCAGCUCGUCCUGCCCCUUCCCGACGUCGCCAUUCGUCCGAUCGAGCGACACGAUGUAUCCCAUGGACCCGUAUCGCCAGCCGUUUGCCCCUGGCCAGCACCACGACCACGGUGGCAACCUGGCAACCAUGACGGCGUCCCUCGCCGCGCAUCAGUUUCCAUCGCUACAUUACAACUUGCACUCGAUGUAUGGCCACUCGGAACUUGUCGCGACGCGGCGCGCCGUCGAGCGCAUCCGUCGCAAGAGGCCAUUUGUGCUGUCCCGAUCGACGUUUGCUGGAGACGGCAGCGACGCCGCCCACUGGCUCGGCGAUAAUGCAGCGACUUGGACCGAUCUCCGACUGGGUGUGGCGGGAGUGCUGGCGAUGAACAUGUUUGGGUUGCCCAUGGCGGGGCCAGACACGUGCGGGUUUGAUGGAAACACAACAAAAGAGUUGUGCAUUCGAUGGCACCAAGCAGGGAUCUUGUUUCCCUUUUUGCGCAACCACAAUGCGGCCGAAAAAGACCAGGCGCCUGUGGAUUUCGACGACGAAGCGACGGCCAUUCUCCGCCACACGCUGCGUCAACGGUACCAGCUACUGCCAUAUUUGUACACACAACUGUAUCGCAUGCACGUGGACGGCGGGAACGUCGUGGUGCGCGCGCUCUUCUUUGAAUUCCCGUCGAACGACACGUUUGGCAUCGAUUCCCAGUACUUGGUGGGCCCAGCUUUGCUGGUCUCGCCCGUGCUGGACGAAGGAGUGGUGACUGUCCAUGCGACGUUUCCACGGGCGGCGGCUUGGUACGACCUGUGGACAGGUCACAAGGUUGACAACGACGUGGAUGGCACGGUCCACAGCGGGGACCCGAUUGUCCAACUGGAUGCACCGCUUGCCGCGGUUCCAUUGCACAUUCGCGGCGGUCAUAUCGUCCCGCAGCAACUGCCUGGGCGCACCACGACUGCCAGCCGAAUGAACGCAUUUCACCUUGUUGUGGCGCUGCCCCAAGCCACAGAAGACCUGCCGUUCGUGCGGGCUACUGGUGAAUUAUACAUGGAUGGCGGCGACUCGCUGGACCCCGUUGGCCACGGCGUAUACGCUCUCGUGUCGUUCUCGGCCGUCCAUUAUCCAGACAAGGGGUACGUGUUUAUGACGGGUCGCGUCGACCACGGCGGAUUCGAUGGACCGCAGGUGCGCGUCGCGGUCGAGUCCAUUUCGGUGUAUGGCACCCGAGGCUAUCGGCUAGGCCAGGCCAUCGACGUCGAAUGCGCUCAAGGCACAACGUCGUCGUCAGGUUUGGCAACUUACAACCCAACAAGCGAGACUUUGGCUGUGCAUGCGCUCACGAUCGUCGUGGGCGAACCGUUUGGUGUCCGUGUGCGUCCAGCGGGUUCGCUGGAUGAUCGUACAGUUUGGUCGAGCCAUCUCGACGACGCCCUGGCGCAAAUGUAAAACGUGUUUCAAAAUCAAUACAGGACGCCACCCAACAGAGGCUUUGCAUCCUA